AGUUAAACACCGUUUUUCUCAUCGGCAAGUCGGUCGCUGUUUAAAACUAUUCAACAAAUUAAAUUGUUGUCUUCUGACCAUGAAAAGCUGGCCAUGAAACAUUUUUGCAACUAAGCAUUGGACAAGGCACAAUCCGCCCAAAAGGAAAAAACGGAUUAACUUUUAUGUGAAAGUGGGCAAAGGAUAGACAUGGAACCAGGAACCAUUCCAUCGCCUGUUUCAGCACCAGUUGCUGCGCCUGUGACGCCAUCAGCAGUGGCUGCCCCUGUCCAAGUAGUAAGUCCUGCGGCAGUGGCUCCCGCACCAGCGGCACCGAUUGCAGUCACUCCAGUUGCUCCACCGCCCACCCUUGCAAGUGUGCAACCGGCAACAGUUACUAUUCCAGCUCCAGCUCCAAUUGCUGCCGCAUCCGUCGCUCCUGUCGCAUCUGUGGCGCCUCCAGUUGUUGCAGCUCCAACUCCGCCGGCAGCAAGUCCAGUUUCAACACCACCCGUUGCUGUUGCUCAGAUUCCGGUCGCUGUUUCAGCACCAGUGGCACCUCCCGUUGCUGCAACACCCACUCCUGUUGCCCCAAUUCCUGUAGCUGCGCCUGUGAUAGCGACACCACCUGUUGCUGCCUCUGCCCCCACUCCGGCUGCCGUGACUCCCGUUGUUUCGCCUGUGAUCGCCACACCACCUGUGGUUCCCGCUAACACCACGGUUCCCGUUGCAGCACCUGUAGCUGCUGUACCAGCUGCUGUUCCUGUUGUUGCCCCAGUUCUUGCGCCUGCCGUUGCUCCUGCAGUUGCCCCCGUCGUCGCCGAGACUCCAGCUCCACCACCUGUUGCUGAGAUUCCGGUUGCAACCAUACCGGAGUGCGUUGCACCUCUCAUCCCCGAGGUUUCCGUCGUGGCAACGAAACCACUAGCUGCAGCUGAGCCAGUGGUCGUUGCUCCACCGGCUACUGAAACCCCAGUCGUUGCUCCGGCUGCAGCUUCCCCCCAUGUGUCGGUUGCACCAGCUGUGGAGACCGCAGUGGUCGCUCCUGUAAGUGCUUCGACUGAGCCCCCGGUAGCUGCUGCGACUCUAACAACUGCACCAGAAACGCCAGCCCUUGCUCCAGUCGUUGCCGAGUCCCAAGUUGCUGCGAAUACUGUUGUAGCUACACCUCCUACUCCAGCCCCAGAGCCAGAAACCAUUGCACCACCUGUUGUUGCAGAAACCCCAGAAGUUGCUUCAGUUGCUGUUGCUGAGACAACACCACCCGUUGUACCUCCUGUGGCCGCAGAAUCAAUACCAGCGCCAGUCGUUGCCACGACACCAGUUCCUGCAACACUAGCAGUAACGGAUCCGGAUGUCACUGCAUCUGCUGUUCCCGAAUUACCUCCGGUGAUCGCUCCAUCACCCGUUCCUAGUGCUGUUGCUGAAACUCCUGUCGACUUAGCGCCACCUGUUCUCCCUCCUGUGGCUGCCGAACCUGUACCAGCUGUAGUGGCUGAAGAAACUCCUGAGACACCAGCACCAGCAUCAGCACCAGUGACCAUAGCAGCUUUAGAUAUACCAGAAGUUGCUCCUGUGAUCGCCGCACCCUCUGAUGCACCUGCUGAAGCUCCGUCUGCCGCUGCUCCCAUCGUUUCUACUCCACCAACUACGGCUUCUGUUCCCGAGACCACGGCACCACCUGCGGCAGUGCCUACGGAACCUAUCGAUGUUUCUGUACUAUCAGAAGCUGCCAUUGAAACGCCAGUUGCACCGCCUGUCGAAGUUACAACAGAAGUUGCAGUUGCAGACGUUGCUCCACCUGAGGCAGCUGCGGAUUUAAUAAUCGAGCCUGUGGAACCACCAGCUCCUAUUCCGGAUUUAUUAGAACAAACUACAUCCGUGCCAGCUGUUGAAGCUGCAGAAUCAACAUCUUCACCAAUACCAGAGACCUCAUUACCGCCGCCAAAUGAAGCAGUUGCCUCUCCAGAAGUGGCUGUCGCUCCAAUUACAGCUCCAGAGCCCAUACCUGAACCGGAACCAAGCCUAGCGACCCCUACAGAACCCAUACCUGUGGAGGCACCUGUCGUAAUCCAGGAAGCAGUGGAUGCUGUAGAGGUGCCGGUGACAGAAACUUCAACAUCGAUUCCAGAAACUACGGUUGAGUAUCCUGUAGCCGAAAAAGUCCUGGAUCCUGCCAUAACUGAAGCUCCUGUCACUACUCAGGAACCAGAUGUUGCAAACAUUAAUGACGGUGCUCCAGCUACCGAAAUCACCACACCCGCUGUUGAAAUCGUUACUGCUGCUGCAGAAGUAUCUGAUACUGCCAUACCGCUCAUUGACCCUCCGGUUCCUCAAGAGAUCGCAGUAGCUGAAAUUCCAGAGACAGAGACAAAGCCGGCAGAGGUCAUUGUUGAACAGAGCACCAUCCCAAUAGAGGCACCAGUCCCGGAGGUUUCAAAAUACGCAGAACCAGUGAUUUCUGAAGCUCCAGCUGCCGAAGUACCAAUUACGGCCGGGGACAACCCAGACAAUACUAGUGUGGGAAUAUCUGAAGUUGUUCCCACCAUUGCAGAGAAAGCAGUUGAAGAGGUUCCCACUUCGGAAAUCCCCGAACAAUCAUCGUCACCCUCAGAUUCCGUUCCCGUAGCAAAGAUAACUCCUUUGCUAAGAGAUCUUCAGACCACCGAUGUUUCGCUAUUGGCUAUUGCAGCCACCCUGGAUGCCAUUGGAGAAAAGCUAAAGGAUCAAAAGGCCAGAAAUCAGCAGGUAAUGGACAGACUCUGCGAAAUCGAGAAAAUUCUUGGUCCUCCCAAAUCCAAUUAGCUCAAGUUUAAAGCCUGGAUCAUGUAAAGUAAAGCUACUAAUAAAGCGUUAUUUCACCAAUUUUAAAGU